CCCAGCACAUGCUUGCUUAAUUGUUUAUUGCAGGCCACCUGCUCUGACUUCCAUGUGUGUUUUAAUAUAGCAGGGGGAAGCAAAGCAGCAGGCUGUGCAUCAUGGUCUGGAUUCACAAACUUUUAGGAAAAUCAUACCCCUUUAGCCUCUGGGAGAUACAAGACAUCAGUGGAAGAUUCAGCUCACAGGUGUCCAUCCAAUACUGAACUACCUUCAAUUGUCAGAUCUUUUAAAAGAUUGCUCACAGAAAUGUUCUGUGGCAAGACUAAGCUGUGACAUUUGCAAGUGUUUGCUGAUCAAGCAAGACCAGAAGUUCUACAGGUGUAAUGUAUACUGAAUCGGUGCACCAUGUUAAGCCGGCAACUGCACUCAUCUAUUGCAAAUCCUCCACCCCCAGAAUACAUUAAUCGGAAUAAGACUGGACGUCUGACCAAUCAACUACAAUACCUAGAAAAGAUUGUUUUAAAGGGGUUAUGGAAGCACAAUUUUUCGUGGCCGUUCCAGCAGCCUGUGGAUGCUGUAAAGCUGAACCUCCCUGAUUAUUAUAAAAUCAUAAAGAAUCCUAUGGAUUUGAGUACCGUAAGGAAAAGGCUGGAGUACAACUACUAUACAAAUGCUAUGGAUUGCAUGAAAGAUCUCAACACCAUGUUCACUAACUGUUAUAUUUAUAAUAAGCCAGGAGAUGAUAUUGUGCUAAUGGCACAAGAACUGGAAAAGGUCUUCGUAGAGGGCAUUGCUGACAUGCCCCAUGAAGAAAUCGAACUGUCAGUGGUGGGGAACAGAAGUGUUAAGAGCAAGCUUAAGCUUUCUUCUGAAGGAGAAUCUCGAGAGGAAAGCGAGUAUACUACUAUAACUAAGAAAAAAGUGCCUUCACAAAAACUUCACAGAGUUCCAUUUCCACGUCCAGUUGUAGCAUUGCUACCUCAGCCAACUACCCUUGUGCCUCUAUCUAUUUUUCGGAAAACAAAUUCUGCUCCUUCUAGCCCCGGACCCAAAUUUAAGAACUCCAGCUUUUCCUCCCCAAAACAGGUUAACAAAGGCAUUAAAAGGAAAGCAGAUACCACUACACCUGCUGUAUCGGUCAUUGCAAAGAGCUGUGAGUCUUCUCCCACUAUUCCUAAGCCAAAGCAGAUCGAUCUACCCCCAAGAACAGAGGAGACAAUUGCAGACACAUCAAGCAAAGAUCUCCCAGAUUCUCCACAACAAGUUGAAACCAUCAAGUUGAAUCAAUCAAGCGAACAGCUGAAACACUGCAAUAGCAUUUUAAAUGAGUUAAUGUCAAAAAAGCAUGCAAGCUAUGCUUGGCCUCUCUACAAGCCUGCUGAUUCUUCAGAGCUGUCCUUUCCGGGUUCAGGUGACCUUGUGGCCUGUCCCAUGGAUUUGACAACUAUCAGAGAUAAAAUGGAGAAUGGACAAUACAAAGAUACCCGUGAGUUUGCAUCUGAUGUUCGCUUAAUGUUUGCCAACUGUAAUAAGUGCAAUCCUCCAGACAGUGAAGUGGUUUGCAUGGCUCGAAAAUUGCAGGAUGUUUUUGAAACCUUAUUUGCAAAAAUCCCUGAUGAGCCUGUAGAUGUUACAACUCAAAAUCCAUACAAGUCCUCUUCCAGUGAAAGCAGCAGUACAAGUUCCUCCUCUUCUUCUUCUGAUUCUGAAGCUGAUAGGUCACGACAGCUGACUAUUUUGCAAGAGCAGCUGAAAGUGGUACAAGAGCAACUUAAGACUUUAACCAAAGGAGCUGUUCCCAUUCCCAAGAAGAGUGUAAAGAAACGGAAGAGAGAGAAAAAAAAUAAGGGCAAGAAAAAACGAAAGAUAACAAAGGACAGCCAAAAAGCAAAAAAGAAAAGGAAACGCAAGGAUGUAAAAAAGAAAUCUUUGAAUGAUUCCAAGAACAAGAAAAGGAAGUUGACUGUUUCAGAAGAUGAAGAUAAUGCUAAAGCUAUGAGUUAUGAUGAAAAGAGACAGUUAAGCUUGGACAUCAAUAAAUUGCCAGGGGAAAAAUUAUCUCGUAUUGUGCACAUCAUCCAGUCUAGGGAGCCUUCCCUGAAAGAAUCCAAUCCUCAUGAAAUUGAAAUAGAUUUCGAAACCUUGAAACCAUCUACCUUAAGAAGCUUGGCAAAAUAUGUUGCGAUUAUCCUGAGGAAGAAACCCAAAAAAUCAAAUGCUGAAAAACCCUUAAAAUCAAAGGAUGAGCUGAAUAAGGAAAAGAAACAGGAACUUGAGAAGAGACUUCAGGAUGUUAGUGGACAACUAAACUUUGCCAAGAAGACUAAAAUCUCAGUUGAAGCCACGGCUGUGCCUCAGGUGAUUGGAGGACCAAGUCGAUUAAGUGAAAGCAGCAGCAGCAGCUCUUCAUCCACAUCGGAUAGCAGCAGCGAUUCCAGCUCUUCAGAUAGCAGUGACUCAGACGCAGAAAAUCCCGCUUCUAAUAAGAAUAUUCUUCAUGUGAAAGAAAACCGGUUGUCUCAUACUGUUGCAUCUAAAGUUCCCUCCACUGCUAAGUGUUCAUUCUCAAAAGGCCCAAAAAAUCCUGUUAAAGGCCCAUCACAUCCUGUAAAAGGCCCAGUGGAACCUUUUCUUCAUGAUACAUUUGAAUUACCAGACUGCCUUCUUCUACCACCAUUAGCUAUAAGUAAAGUGUUGACGCCUAUCAGAUCACCUGUGUUUGAAGGCUCAUGUGAUAACCGGGUCCAGACAGCGGAAUCCUGUUUAAAACGCACAAGUGGUGCAUCGAUAAAGACUCCAUUAACAAUAAAAAAUGAUGAACCCACUAAUCUCUUCCAACAUGGAGGUGUAGAAUGCAAAAAUGAUAUGGUUACUGUACUCAAACCAGAAAGUAUUGUACUGAAUGAAUUCCACAAACUUGACAUGGAGCAGAUUCCUGCAUCAUGCAACAAUCCAUCCACUGUGGGAGAUGAUGCUAAAACAAAGAUCUGUAAGGCUGCUAACGGCAGUUGGGCCAAUUUUUCCAAAGCACUGAACCCGAUUCCUGUGACCAUCAAAUCCUCAAGUAACAGCUUCCAGCAAUUUAGGAAGGCUGCGAAAGCCAAAGAGGAGAGGGAAAAAGCACUUAAAGCUCUGGAAUCAAAGAAAACGGAACAGAAGGAUAUAGAAAAAAUUGUCGAUCCAACAACAGAGACCAAGAUUCUUGAUGUGCAAUGUUUAGUUGUACUGGAGGCGGCUAAAGAGGCACAACCAGUUGAGAUUAUGUCAAAUGAGCGUGUUAAGGAGGAACGUGAACUUGCAAGGAAGCGAGAACAGGAAAGGCGCCGCAAAGAGACAAUGGGUGGAACCAUUGAUAUGUUCUUUCAGAGCAAUGUUAUGGCAGAUUUUGAAGAACAUCUAUGCUGAUAAAUAAAUCAAAUCUUUUGCAAUGGUUGUUUUCAUACAGAAUUUGAGAAUUCACCAGGGAGACUUAAUAAACCCAGUUGCACUUCUUUAAUAUGCAUUCUCAGGUCUCACUGUCAUUUAAACUCAAUUAUGCAUUAAGAUGCAGAAUCACUUUUAUUGUAAUGGAUAUUGUAUGGAUAAACAGGAAUAUUGUGUGUACAAAAACCUAAAGAUCACAUACCCACUUGUUUUUCAAUGUGAAACUGCAUUGUCUAAAUUUUUUUAUCACUGUUAAUUCACUUUUUCUUAUUACUUGUUCAAGAUAAAAAAAAUAUGGAUAAUAAAUCUUAUACCUCUUCAAAGCCCUUUAAAAAAAGGAAAAAAAAACACUC